CGCCCGUGUAAUUAAAACGUGUCGGUGUGGAUUAGAAACACAUGACGCCGCUAAACAUUCUGUAAUCCCAAAGAAAUAAAUCCACGUAUACAGAUCGGAAGACAAGAAGGCAACCACACCCAUUAUGGAUUAUGAGUAUCCAGAUUAUGAUUUAGAUUUAGCUGAUUAUGAACUGGGAGAUUAUCCGUACUAUGCUGAUGACUAUGUUACCAAUGAAGUCACUUGGACAUACCAAGAUUUAUUUAUUGAAUGUGUUAUUCCAACUUUAGAGCAAGGUGUUCAGAUUGUUGCACCAUUGUUGCUGUUAUGUCUGGCAUUUCGACUUGUAACGUUUACAGGAGUGCCUGUUCUAUUCAUUCACUUCUCUGCCAUGAUUGGUGGUCUGUGUAGUAUGUACAUGUUUUUUGAAAUGACAAUGCUCUAUGUGGUAUUUCUUGGAAUUGUUGGAUACUUGGUUCUUAUGGUGUUGCAUCAUAAUCACAUACAAAAUAAAGGUGCUAUAGUUGCGGCUGUUUUGCUGUUUCUGCUUGUCACAUGGGAAUUAUGGUUAACUGAUCCCAGAGAGUGGCAUAAAAUUCGAGGUUCCCAAAUGAUGCUGACAAUGAGGAUAAUUUCUUUAGGCAUUGAUAUGGAUCGUGAUACCGUCAAAGAAUUGCCAAAUCCAAUCACCUACCUUGGAUAUUGUUUUUUCGUUGGUUCUAUUAUUUUCGGUCCUUGGAUCAGUUAUGAACAGUACAUUCAAAUAGAGGACACUCAAGACAUGAAUUUGUCAUGGCUAUGGAAAAUUAUCAAAAGUUUAAUUUCAUCUUUAUUUUGUCUUCUGGUAUCAGUAUGUGUCUCUCCGGCAUUAAGUGGUUAUUACUUUGCAAAUAAGUGGCUUGGUGCAUAUCGGGAUGCAUUGUCCUUCCGAUUUAGUCACUAUUUUGUGAGUUUUAUGUCCGAAUCAUGUACUACAGUAGCUGGGCUUGGAUGCACAGUAAAUGCUGAACAACACAAUUGGGAUUUACAUGUUGCUAAGCCGUUUAGUAUUGAGAUGCCAAGAUCACUAGUAGAUGUUGUUACAAAUUGGAAUAUCCCUAUGCACAAUUUUCUAAAAAAUUAUAUUUUCAAAUCGACAAGAUCAUUAGGAUCAUUCCCUGCCAUUAUCUUAACCUAUGCCACUAGUUCCAUUUUACAUGGGUUGAAUUUCCAGUUAGCUGCAGUUCUUUUAUCACUGGGAGUCUACUCUUACACCGAAUAUGUUUUUAGAAAGCGACUUUCUGAGAUAUUCAGUGCUUGUGUUCUUGCUAAGAAAUGUGUACCAGAAUGUGCACAUCGCAAUAAAGAGACUUCUAUUUUGGUAUUUAUAGUUAAUUUUUGUUUUGGAUUGUUGGCUGUGUUUCAUCUAGCAUAUCUUGGUGUUAUGUUUGACAGUAGUUCACAGACAGAAGAACAGGGAUAUACAAUGGACCAUACAUUGAGUAAAUGGGCUAAUUUGGAUUACGCCAGCCACUACGUAGUACUCUUCACUUUCGUUUUCUACAAAUUAAUAUGAGAAUGGAUAACAUUUUUUUGUUAUUGUAAAAGGUGGUACUAUUUUAAGCGGUGUAAUGUACUUCAUGUAUGACCAUUCCAUAAAAUAAUGUAUUCCUAAAUAUAAUUAAUUUUAGUUAAUUUUCGCAAAUGACUGUAUGCAUAAUUAAAGUACUCUGGUCAUUAUUCCCUCACCUACCAAAGUACUGCAAAGUGUUUUUGAAAUUUAAAUAUCAUCUAUUUAUACAAGUGGUUUUAAAUGUUGUUCACUGAUCAUAACCACAUAAACCCUUGUGGACUAACUAGUGAAUUUUUAUAUAUUUUUGGUAUAUUUAUAUAUAAAGCUGUAAUUACCAGUCCAUGGCCUUUGAUUUAUUUGUAUUCAUUCAACCCCUAUGGUUGUGCUUAUUACUGUGGUUACCUUAUAAUGAGUAAACUCGUAAUAUUUUGUUACAUUUUAAAAAGUAAAUUAAUGAAUGUAUGUCUGAUCCAGAACGUAUCUGGUUACGGUUGUGUUUGAAUAAUUAUUAAUUAUGGCUUCCAACUAAAUGUCUUAAAUAAAGUAGUAUUGAUACCUUUCAUUUCUAGUGCUGUACUGUUUAUAAGGGGGCUCAUGUUCUAUAUAUUUUGUAAUACUGAAUCAAAUUGAAUAGACAUGGGGGUAAAAUAUUAAUUUAAAUUUCUAACAUGUUAAGUAUUUGAUAGUUUUUAAGGUGAUCAUGAAAGAACUAUGGAACAUUUUAAUUCUCAAAAUUAAAUCUUUGUAGAUUAUGGUAAAAAUACUGUUAUAAUUUGGGAGUCAAAGUAUAGUGUCCCAACAUGUAUGUGCAAGAUUGUUGUUGAUAAACAUUGAUUUUCCCACAAUGCAAUGCUCCCACUCAGUGGAGAACAAGAAUACAAGUUUGAUUUCUUAAAAUAUUUGCCAAUGUGUUCCAAUCAUUCUAGGAAUUAUCUAGUUACACCUUGGUAGUGUCUUGUUUGUUCUUGUGGAUCUGCGCAACAUCUCUGUUUGUAUAUAAGGACCCAUAUUUUGUGCAUGUGUGAUAACCACCACACUUUAAAGAAAGUGGUCCCCUUUGAGGUUGAUUUAUAUAUUUGUGAAUAAAAAAUAUGACAACAGUUUCUCAGCUUAAAGAGUUAUUUGUUUUUGAAUAAAUAAAUAAAAAUAUGCAUUUUUGCCUGGA